CUCUCUCUCUAUAUCCAACUUUUUUUUUUUUAAUAUUUUCUCUUCCUCUCUCAGAGAGAAAUGGAUCAGACACCACCGUUAUCACCGCCGGAGCUAGACCUGGACAACCUCAAAGCCUUGAAAAUACUUGGCAAAGGCGCCAUGGGCACGGUCUUCCUUGUCCACGACAAGGCCAAUUACCCCACCGCGCACUCCCUCUUCGCCCUCAAGGUCGUCGAGAAAGCCAAGCACGAUGCAGAACGUCGUGCUCGCUUGGAAAUCCAGUUUCUCACCCGGCUCUCCCCUCCCGACCCUGCCGACCAGCACCCCUUCCUUCCCCGCCUUCUGGGCCGACUCGAGACUUCUGAGUUUCUCGCCUGGGCCGUCCCCUACUGCUCCGGCUCUGACCUCAACGUCCUCCGGUACCGCCAAACUGACCACGUUUUCUCCCCUGCCGUAAUUCGGUUCUACCUCGCCGAGAUCCUCUGUGCUCUGGAACACCUCCAUUCCUUGGGUAUCGUCUACAGAGACCUCAAGCCUGAGAACAUCCUAAUACAACAUUCCGGCCACGUUACCUUAACGGACUUCGACCUCUCCCGGACCUUAAAAAAGAAACCGUUGGCGGAGAUGUUAGCAGAGGAAAAAAUGAACUCGAUCUUGCUGCAUGACGUCCCAAGUCGACGGAAGCACAGACGAAAUUUGACUCGAUGGAUCCCAAUGGUGCCGGAUUCCAGAAGCAGUUUGAAGAAAACAAAAUCAGCCCGAGUCAGCCCGGUAAACAGGAGAAAGCUCAGUUUCAUCAAUGGAGAACGAUCCAACUCGUUCGUGGGCACCGAGGAGUACGUGGCGCCGGAGGUAGUCCGUGGAGACGGCCACGAAUUCGCCGUCGAUUGGUGGGCUCUGGGGGUUCUAACGUACGAGAUGCUAUACGGAACGACGCCGUUCAAAGGAAAGAACCGGAAAGAAACGUUCCGGAACGUCCUGAUAAAGGAGCCAAGCUUCAUCGGAAAACGCACCGCUUUAACCGACCUAAUCGGACGGUUACUAGAGAAGGAUCCAACGAAGAGAUUGGGGUACCUGAGAGGCGCGUGCGAGAUCAAGGAACAUGUGUUCUUCAAAGGGGUCAGGUGGGACCUACUAACCGAGGUGUCACGACCACCGUUUAUCCCGUCGAAUGACGACGAUGACUUGGCAGAGAAAGUAGCGGGUAGCGGCAUCGAUAUACGGGAAUAUUUCGAAAAUCUCAAGGCUCCGCCACCGUCAAUGCCACCGUCGACGUUACCGUCGCCGUCGUCCGACCAUCGACGGAACGUUUCUUUCUCAGAAUAUUGAUGCACGUGUAAGCGUUAGUUAAUUAGGUAGAGUAAUUCUUUUUUGUUUUUCCUUUUUUUUUUUUUCUUUUUUUUUUUUCUUUUAAUCUUUACCCUUGAUCAGUGUAUAUAAAAUAACGGCGGAACACGGAAAACGGCGGAUUAGUAUAAAGCUACAGACGGUUAAAGCUGUAUUCGUGAAUUGUAUAAACGGUUAUUAUACUU